UAUCAUUUCGUUGUGUUUGGCAACACUUUUCGAAACUUACAGUAGAAUUUUUUGUAAGCAAAACAAAUUAUAUAAAUCGAGUUACAAAUUUAAAAUGGCAACACGUGUGGUGGCCACGGCAACAGUGCGUGCCGUCAAAGGACGUAAACUAAUACCGACACGAGCCGCCUUAACACUGACACCGGCGGCAGUGCAACGCAUCAAGUCUCUGCUACACGAUAAGCCAGAUGUGAUCGGUCUUAAGGUUGGCGUGCGUCAACGAGGAUGCAAUGGACUCUCCUACACACUGGACUAUGCCAACACUAAAGAUAAAAUGGAUGAGGAAGUGCUGCAGGAUGGCGUCAAGGUGUUUAUAGAUAAGAAGGCGCAACUCUCGUUGUUAGGCACUGAAAUGGAUUUUGUGGAAUCGAAGCUGUCCAGCGAGUUUGUGUUUAAUAAUCCCAAUAUUAAGGGCACCUGUGGCUGCGGUGAAUCCUUCAGCAUGUAGGGAGAGAGAGAGAGAUUAAGAAUAGAGAAAAGCAUGAGAAGGGAUCUCUCUCUCUCUCUCUCUCGUUCUGCAAAAUCGCACCCGCCUCGCAAUAAAAACAAAAACAAAACCUAAAUUUAACUAAGUUUAUAUAGUAGUGUGAUUACAGUUUGUUUAUUAUUAUUCCCAUUCACAAAAUGUUCAAUAAUCUUUUUUCGGCGUUUAUAAGGUGCCCUUGCUCAGAUAUGAAGCGUUAACUCUAUGCUUAAGUUUUGAUUUUUUCAUUCGCGUAGUUACAUUUUAGUUGUACAAUUAAAUAGCGAAACCUUCUUGACUCUGUUCUUAGGUUAUAAUUGUUAUUUAUAAUAACAUAAUGCGAAUGUAUGUAAAUUAGCAAGUAUAUAGUUGAAAUACAAUAAUUAAAUAAUGUG